GUGAAGCUUCAUUUGCAAUCAAUGUCCCUUUCAACUCGCACGAGACCAAUUCUAUCACGGCCUUUACGAAAUCUUACGACCAGUCUUGCUCUAACGCACACGAUGCAUAUCCAGUCGAUUCCAAUGUGGACGGGCACUGGUGAUAAUUACGCCUACCUUGUCGUUGACGACAAGUCGAAGGAUGCCGUGAUCAUUGACCCCGCAAACCCCGACGAAGUAGCACCAGUCUUGAAGGACGAAAUCAAGGCUGGCAAGAUAAAUUUGACUGCAAUUAUCAACACACAUCACCACGGUGACCAUGCAGGAGGCAAUAACAAAAUGCUAUCCUACCCCGAAUUCAAGGGCAAACCCAUUAUUGGAGGCAAAGACUGCCAAAGCGUCACGAAAACACCAAAGAAUGGGGAAACUUUCAAGAUUGGUGAUAUAAAUGUCAAGGCGUUGUACACUCCUUGCCAUACGCAAGACAGUAUAUGCUUCUUUAUGGAAGAUAGCACUGGAAAGGCAGUUUUCACUGGGGAUACUCUCUUCCAUGGAGGUUGCGGCAGAUUUUUUGAAGGAACAGCCGAGGAAAUGCACACGGCUUUGAACAAGACUCUAGCCGCAGUUCCUGAUGACACCAAAGUCUAUCCCGGACAUGAGUACACGAAGGCCAACGUUAAAUUUGGCAUCUCAAUUUUGCAAAGCGAGCCAGUCAAGAAAUUACAAGCCUUUGCAGAGAAGAACAAGGAGACGCAAGGAAAGUUUACUAUUGGUGAUGAGAAGCAACAUAAUGUUUUCAUGAGAGUAGAUGACCCGGAGCUUCAAAAAGCAACAGGCAAGACAGAUCCAAUCGAAGUAAUGGCUAAGCUCCGAGAAAUGAAGAACAACUUCAAGUGAGCCACCACAAAACUCAAAAUUCUGAAACGCGGUUCUGAAAGGAAGUUCUGAAAGGAAAUGGGAUAACACUCCGUACAUAAAACCCCC